AUGGUUCAAGGAAGCACAAGAGCCGAUGGCGGAAGCUCGAGCCGUGAGUUUGGCCUGAACUUUGAAGUUGCGCCUCCUACCUCUGUCCCGCUUGGAGUCCCAGUGACUCUGCCGGUAGUUGUGGGAGUUCGACCUGUGGGGAACCCACGAGGUGUGCAACAACUGGUGGCACAUGCGUCUCUGAGAAAUGAAGCCGGCACCGCGCCUGCUUCGGGGCUCACGGGAGUGCUCACCUCGAGUGUGCGCAGCCGCAAUGGCAACACCACCAGCGGGUAUGCUCGAUUUGGGCCUCUCAAAUUCACGCAGCCGGGCCGGUACCGCUUGCGAAUCAUGUUGGGGGCCGCCUCGUUCAACGGGGUGACCACGAAAGAGUAUGUGGACUCGGGCAUCAUUCAAGUCCAGGCCGGCGCUGGAGCUGCACGUCCGACACCCUCGCAAGUUGCCAAGCUUCAAAGCCUGAUUCCAGAAAACCUUGACAUCACUGCGGCCGACAUUGCCGCAUGGCAAUCUGCUUAG